CCUUGUGAUUUGUUUUAAGAUGCAACUAAGCCUAUGAUUUGAAAAUUUCAGUAGUCAGAUGAACCUAUUACCAGCUUAUUCAUGUGGAUUCUGAAGUUAAUGUAUCUCUUUCGGCUGUUUGGAUGAACCGUUUCAUCUGUUUUAAGAUGCAAUUUUAGCUGAUGAUUUAAAAUUUGAUGCAUUUCAAACUGUGAGAUUUAGUUAACUCCGUGAAUCAUUUGGUAGUAUGUUCAUCUGACUACUGUUGUUUGCAUCAAUUAAUUUUGAUUUUGAAGUUUAUAUCUAUCGUCAUAGUUUUCAAAUAGUUCUGGAUUCCCUAAACGAAAAAUGAAUCUGAUUUGAGAAUGUGAUAUUAUUUUUUGAAUAUGCAAAUACCUGUUUGUCUAAUAUUUGCAUUCAAAGUAUCUACAUAAAGGCUGCAAUGGAUGUGUAGUCAGUAGUAAUUAGGUAUGGUAUAACACUAGAACCCAACAGGAUGUGUAGUCAGUAGUCAUUAAGCUCUCUUUUUCAUUUGUAUUUUAUGUUUUUAUCAUUGUAAGAUAAACAUAAUAUGAAUAAAUUCAUUUAUAACAAUUGUUGGCUCUAUGUGUUCUUUAGGGUCUGACAUGGCAGCCACAUCAGCAAGUGCGUUCUCAAUCAGAUCAACCAUAUCCCAUGGCUCGAAAGCUAGCCCGCUUUCACAGUCGAAGACAUGUGGCAUGAAUAUCAGUUUCAACUCUCAAAACAAUAUCAAGAGUUUCACAGGCCUCACGUCAUCCUUCUUAGCCAAGGAAAAACAAACGCUUUUGAUGAGCUUUAUAGUUGAUGAUACAAACGGUGAAACGCAAGAUGAUGACAUCACCAGCGAAGAUAGCGAGUCAGAUGAUGCCGAUGAUCAUUUCGAUCCCGUUUGUGCGAUAUGUGAUAAUGGUGGCAGGCUUACAUGAGUCAAAACGAAUAUAAAUGUGAAAAUUGUCAGUAUAGUCUGCACCAGUACUUUGUCUGUGGUGAACUAGGGUCUUCUGAUAAAUCUGCAAAU